AAAACUCAAGUGAGUGGGAACACUGUGGUUUUUCCAAUGUUAUGUGGUGUUGUAGCUAAAUGUACAGUGCCGUUCGUUAGCUAGCUUUUAUCCAUAAUGUUUUCAACACGUUGAAAUAAUUACAUUGUACUUACUCUUUGCACCAAGCUACUUAAAUUUACUGAAGUUGAACGUGCCAUUGCAAUCAUUUUGACAAAACACUCCUGCCAAAGUUGACUCUUCUCUGACCAGUGGAGAUGGCAGAGGUUGAUCAGGCUGUGGAUCUGUCCAAGACAGAGACAGGAGAGGGUGGGAAUGGGCAUCUGUCUUCCAGUGCAGACCGAAACAGUGGGUCCAGUACAGGACAGAAGUCUACCACCAAGAGGAAGCAUGAAUAUGAGGAAGAGGACGACAGCUCUCCAACUAAGAAACAGCAUGGUCAUGGAGAGAAGGUGGCGACUCACUACAACACUCUCCAGGAGACCGGCCUCGCUGCCAGGAGCCAGAGCAGAAUAUUCUACAUGAGGAACUUCAACAACUGGCUUAAAAGUGUUCUAAUUGGUGAGAUCCUGGACACUGUGCGUCAGAGCCACAGAGAGCUGUCUGUUCUGGACCUGGGCUGUGGGAAAGGUGGAGACCUGCUCAAGUGGAGGAAAGGACACAUUAGCCGGUUGGUCUGUGCAGACAUAGCAGCAGUGUCGGUGGAGCAGUGCCAGGUUCGUUAUGAGUGUAUGAGGAAGAGGGGGCAUCCUAACGAACGCAUCUUCUCUGCAGAGUUCAUCACAGCCGACUGUACCAAGGAGCUGCUGACAGACAAGCUGAAGGAUCCUAAGAUGGAGUUUGAUGUGACCAGCUGUCAGUUUGUGUACCACUACUCCUUCGAGACGCAGCAGCAGGCGGACCUGAUGUUGAAGAACGCCUGUGAGAGGCUGAGACCAGGAGGGUACUUCAUAGGCACCACACCAGAUGCAUAUGAACUGGUGAAGCGUGUGGAAACCUCAGACUCCAACUCGUUUGGUAACGAGGUGUUCAGCGUGACGUUUCAGAACAAGGGAGCCUACCCUCUGUUCGGUUGUCAGUAUGACUUUAAUCUGGAGGGGGUGGUCAAUGUCCCAGAGUUCCUGGUUUAUUUCCCUCUGUUUGAAGAGAUGGCCAAGAAGUACAACAUGCGUCUGGUGUUUAAGAAGACGUUCUCCCAGUUCUUUGAGGAGCACAUAAAGAACGACCAGCACAAGAUGUUGAUGCAGAGGAUGCAAGCGCUGGAGUCUUUCCCGACAGACAACAAGAACAAGUCAUCCUCAGACAACCUGGAUGAUUAUGGUCACGCCAAGGAGAAGGCUGACAGCCCCAAUGUCAAGCUGCCGCUGGGAACAUUGAGCAAGUCUGAGUGGGAGGCAACAAGCAUAUACCUGGUGUUUGCAUUUGAGAAAAUGUCCUGAAUGCCAGAGAAGAGAACCCCAGUUUGACAGGUCGACUCGUCAAUAUUACACUGUUUUUUUGUUUGGUGUGUUUGGGGGGGGGAGAUUUUUUUUUUUAAGAACUGACUUGCAGCCCACUCUGAGGUGCUUUGGGCAGAGCAUGGUAAAAAAAAAAUGUAGUUUUUAAUGUUUUCUUGUUGUGAAAUCUUAUUGGUUUGAGUAAGCUUGUGUUGGCCUAUCUAUCCAUCCAUCAAUCUAUCCUCUGGUUCUUAUUAUAUCAGCUACAGCCAGACUGUUAUCAUCUGUAGCUCAUAUCUGUCCAGUUUUUACUUCACCUUUCUCCUGGUCAUUUAACCUAGUGAUGUGCCUUCUCCUGGUCAUUUAACUGGAGUGAUGUGUAUUAUACAACGGGUGGGUCUAAUCCUAAAUGCUGAUUGGUUAAAAGCGCAUUCCAGCCGGUGUCUAUUCCACAAGUUACCACCGGCUAAAUCUAUGACGUUAAAAUGCCUAUUUACUCUGUUCCAUCUGACUGCGCAAUCCACUGUCUCAUCAGCCCAGCCAGGCAAUUUAUAAACUUGAUCUCCACUAUAAAAAGCAUCUAGACAUUAUCUCACAUUUCUUUUAGACUAACAUUUCGUUUUCAACGGUCCUUUAAGAGUUUCAGUAACAUGCUAUUUAUUAUUUAAGUGAUAAUGACCUCAAAGCCGGUGUUUUGAAGGUAUAUUGGCAUGGUUUGCUGGCCCGAGACAACACACCCGUGCCAAUAUGUCCUCCAAACACCGCCUUUGAGGGUAUUAUCACUUCAAUAAUAAAUAGGAUGUUAACUGAAACUUAAAUGACAUUUGAGGAUGCAUAGCACAGGCAUCAAAGUAGUCGUAUACAUUUUCACAUUUCAGAAUUGCAAAUGAUGGGCAGCUUUGGGUACUGGCUCCAACACAAAUUUCUACCAGAUUUUGACAAUUUCCAGGUAGAAGCCUAUUUCUCGGGCCCAUAACAUGCAAGUCUGUUACAACAGGAUGUUAUAUCAGUGGUACUCUGUCCUAUAAAGGUGUCUGCAGUCCAGUCUCACUGCUGAAUUGAUUCUUCAAGAGGAUUAGAUCAGUGGAUCGAUGCUGGUUCGAAGUAGGAAGACCUUCUAGAGGUAUUUUAAGGCUCAACUAUGAUUCAGGUAAUCAUCCUGAAGACCUAAUCAACACAUCAAACCUUUAUGUAACCCUAUGUUGAUUACCUGGUGUAUGUAUACCUUCUGUCUAUUCUCUAUCUAGUGCACUACUAUUGACCAGGGCCCAUUGGCCCCCCCAAGGAAUUUAGCUAAAAUGAGUUGAAUUGAGGAAACCUGUUCCAAAGUAUUCCCACAAAUAAAAAAUAAAAAGAA